ACGCCCACGCCCCUCUCUGCUGUAGAUGCUCGAUUGUUUUUGUUUUAAACAGCUGUAAAAUUAGUUAGAAAAUAAUGCACGUGAGACAGCAAUGAAAUUUCACUUGGUUUAUUUUCGAAAUCUGAAGCUGGAAUAAUUUUACGAUGCAAGACGAGCAAAAUGACGAGCGAGAAGUUUUGCUGUCAAUUUAUGAGGGAGACUCGUCUUUCAAGCAACUGUCUCCCAAAGUAUUUCAGUACAAAUAUGGGGAAGACAGCGAUAGUCGAUCAUUUCUGUUGGAGAUAAGUUGGGGUGAAAAUUACCCUAGUGAAAUUCCCUCAAUUAACAUGGACACAUUUUACAAUAAGCACCUGCUGCCUGAUGUGCGGAACCACAUAGCUGACGAAGUAAAAAAAGAGGCAGAGAAUAAUGUCGGAAUGGGAAUGACUUACACUUUGUUCGAAUGGGUCAAAGAAAGAGUUGACGAACUAAUUGUCGCUCAGCCUGAAAGUAUCGCGGAAGCUGUCAGUUCGAAGUUAACUUUGUCGGAAACUCCAGAUACUGAAUCAAGCUCAAUAGCGGCUGCCCCAAAAGUAAGAAAAGAGGCUAUGAGCAAAGCCCAAAAGAGAAAGCAAUGGGAUCGACUUGAUAAAGGAGAAAAGCCAAGAGGACACGACUGGGUGGAUGUUGUCAAACACCUAUCGCAGACUGGUUAUCACAAGGAAUCCUCAGACCAAGCUACAACCACCGUCUCGUCCGGAAACUGAAUCUGCCACUCGGGUCUUCAUUUUCGACAACUGUCAAAAUUAAGUUCACUAAGCAACUUUUGUAUGGAAGGAUAAUUACAAGAUAUUAAUUUUUCAAAAUAAAUCUGGUUAAAAUAAAAGUGAAACUUUAAUGCUUCAAAACAUCAAUUAAUUUUCUUUGCAGACCAGUCAG